UAGUCAAAGGUCCCUUGGGCUCAGCACCAGGUCAGUGUCAAGGUCUCUCCCAAGGACUCUGAGAUGAAAUCAGCGGAAAAGCCAAACCCAAGUCUCGGGCAGACCCUGGAGUGGCUGAGAAAAGAACUGGCUGACAUGCAGCUGCAGGACCAGCAGCUCCUACUUACACUCAGGCAGCUUCACAGUGCCCUGGAGGAGCUGCGAGCUGAGACCAUCCACUGGGAGGACGCCAGGUCCAGCAGAGGGAACUCUCCCAUCAGGGCUCGGACAGGCUCUGAAGGCAGGGGCUGCCAACCUGUCUCCUUGAGGCGGCUGGCACAGCUCCGAGCAGAAGAAAGCAGACGGAGUUCCCUCCCCUAA